UAGGUUCUGGAGCCACCGCUCUGAAUGAGAAGGAGAAUGUGGCUCCCAAAGUGCGGCUGCAGGCACCGGGCUUGCCCUUGCGCGAGUUGUCUCCGUUUCCUCACGAGAAGAAUCGAAGAAAUCGACCUGCUGAUGCCGCACUCAUGAGUAGCAUAGACUCCACGACGGAGCUGAAGCAGUCGCUGGCGUCGCUUCAGCGGCAGCUGGCGUCGCUGGCGCGGGAGGAGGAGGCACUGGCGAAGGAGAUGAAGAAGUUCGAAGCGCCCAGAGAACAUUCCAUUCGAUACCUCAUGAUGAAUGAGGAGUUGGAAAGGGAGGAGCAGCAACUUUGGCACUUGAGAGCUGAGCAGCUAAAGCCAAGUCCUUCGGGUCCUUCGGCUCCUUCGGCCGAGGCGGCCCUUCGCGCCGGCCGCGCCGAAGCGGCGGAUCUGCAGCGCGUCUCGGAGGACUUGGCCGCGGAGCUGGCGACGCGGCAGCGCGAGCAGCGACGGCUGGAAGGAGAGCGACAGCAGCUGGAGACGCACUGUUCAAGAUUGGCCGGUCGCUUGCAGCUGCAGCGGCAAAUGGCCAGAAACCUCCGUGACGGAUGUAGCGAGGCAUUGCCAAGUGGCACUGAGGAUAUUUCUGCAGUGGAAGCUGAAGUCAUUCAACUGCUCCAUGCUGCCAUGGCCUGUUUGGCUGGGAAGCGCCCUGGUGGCUUUCCCCAAAAUCUGGUGCAAAGCUGUCAGAUGGCAAAGUCUAUUGUGGAUGGUUUUCGCCGCGAGCUGCUAAUGCUGUUGAACGACUUGUGUGGAUCAGAGAUGCUCCGGGAAGGUGCUUCCUGUCGUUCCCUGGUCUUCUCCGUUUGCGAUGCUCUGCGGGACGCUGUGCUGCGCGCGAAGGGCAGGAAGGCUCCUCUCGGAGAGCGUGGAUCGAUGGGAACUCUGCAGAGCACGCAGCGCCUGGUCGUUCUACUUCAGCAGCAGGAAGAGGAGCUCUCCGAGUGUUUGUCCAAGUUGAAACCUCUACCGGUAAAGCCUGCUGCACACGCUUCGCGACCGGUGGCAGUGAAGCAACGGUCACCUGAAAAGCUGGGGAAUGCGUAUCCUGAAAGUUUGGCCUCGACGCCUUAUGCAGAGCAAUUGCCGAGUGGCAGUCCGAAGCCUUCGUCACCAGGUUUGCAGCAGAUUGUGGCCAAUGCUCAGCGUCUGCAGCAACUCUUGGAGCUCCGAGGCGCCGCGGGAGCCACGGGAGCCACGGGAGCCACGGGAGCCACGGGAGCCACGGGAGCCGGCGGAGCUCCGGGAUCCGCGGAGAGCACGCGGAGAGCUGGAGCCGUUUGGACGGAAGAUGUGCCGCUGCGCGCCUUGUGGAAGGAGUUCCAAGCCUGUGAAGCCCAGCUGCCAGCACCACGGCUGCCCUGCAUGGUGCAACUGGAUCAGCAAGAGAAGAACCUGGAGCAGCUCAAGUCGCAACUUUUCCAGGACUCGCCUGUGAAAAAUCUGCGGCCCAAGGGCGAAGCCUGGUUGGAGGGAGUUCAACCUGGGACGCCGCCCAUGCUUGGAACACCUGGCAAAGAAAGAGCGUCCAGCGGGGCAGGAAGCCAAAGCCAGGCAGUAUUCGUUUUUGUUGCUGGAAGUGCUCUUUUUCAAAAUCAUGUGACGCCACUUCAACGGGCUGCGACCGGAUUGGUUGCGACUGAGACUUCACCUGAGAGCUUUGCAACUCGCCAGAUCAAGUUGCCGGAAGUCUACCAUCCAAAUCACACGCGUUACCCAAAGGGUAGUUUGGCAGCAGCCAUGGCUCAGUGUGUUGAGCAAGUUGGCUUAUUUAGUGAAUGGGAAGUGGGAAUGAUGACCACAGAGCUUCAACGUCGGCCCAACUUGCGCGAACGUUGGCCAUUGGUAUUUACCCACAUUCCCAAAACUGGAGGGACGACUGUGGCAGAAGGAUUGAAACAAGCUUUCAGAGCCCAGGGCUGUGGCGUGAUCACACCUCGCAAAGGGAAACUCAGCAUCAGGAAAGGAAGCCGUCACUGCUUUGGGCUUGAAGUCCUUUCAGGCUGGAGGUUGUAUCCAUGGGGAAUUUUUACACCCGAGAUGCUCCAAAGUUUUCCACGGCAGAGCAUCAUUGGUGUGGAAGGUCACGUCCCCUUUGGCAUUUGUCGCCUGAAUUGCUCGUAUGCGACACUUCUGAGGGAACCAAUUGAACGCUACGUGUCGCAUAUCCGCUGGGAAUGCCAUUUGCCACCAUUUGACAAACCUUUUUGCAACUCGUCAAUUGCAGAAUACACCCGGGCUGUGAUGAGGGGCGACAUAUGGUUCUACGGAGUUGACAAUCAUCAAACGCGAAUGCUUUCUGGUGACUUGUCGGAAGACUCAUUAGGCUUGCCAUGUUUUGAGCCUGGUACCUGCAAGCAGAUUGGCUUCCGGAAAGUGGGACAAACCCAACUGAGAACUGCAAUUCGGAAUAUUGUUUUCCACUAUCCCGUGUUGGGGCUUUUAGAGGAUAUGGAUAGUUUCUCAAACCGCCUAAAACGGAUCUACGGCUACAGCAUCAAAUUCAGGCACAGGAAUAAGGGCACUUUCUCUGGGAUGGAUCUAAAUCUCACAGCUGAGACCUACAAGGACUUGCAAUCUUUCCUCGCUCCCGAUUUGGCCUUGUACCGCUUUGUGAGAUGUAUCCUUGAUGCCAAAGGGCCAAGGUUCGGCACUAUCAGGCACAUUGAAAAAUGA